CAACAUGGUUGAAAAUGAAAACGUUAAAGUUGUAAUUGUUUAAUAUUUGUUUGAUGCCGCAUAAUAUAUUAUUCUGUAAAUAAUAGAAAACAACUAAUAAGGACUUGUGUAUUUUAUUAAUAAAUAAAUAUGUUUUGUUUAUAAGUACUUUAAAUUAAAUUUUCAAUACAAUGGAGAAAGCAAACAUUGAAACACAAAUAUUAAAUAUUGUUCACGAUAUUCUGAAAGUAGAAGCAAUAGAAGAAGCAUUCAGUUGUGUUAUAGUUCAUAAUGCAGAAUUAGAAAACGAAAAAAUAGCAGGAUGGCAAAAGGAAUUAUCAACCAUAAUGACAGGAUUAACUGCAGAACAACAGGAAAGUGCUGUACGUCAAUUUCUUUCCUUAGCGGCUGGAAUGACAAAUCAUAGACGUUUACAAUUAUUACUCUCAAUGUUAGAAACAUUAGUUACAAAAGGAGUUUUACCAGCUAGAUUAGUAUGCGAGUGUAUUCUCAAUUGUGAUAAACUUAUUUAUCAAGCUGAAGAUUUUUGGGUCAAGUGUUUUUCAUUAAUUCGAAAUAUUAUCGGUGGAGUUGACUAUAAAGGAGUUAGAGAAAUUUUAAAAGGAUGUAGAGAUAAGGCUCAAACAAUUCCCACAAGACUGCCAACAACUGUUCAACCUCAAUUAAAAGCUCUUGAAAAUGUAAUUGAAUAUAUUUUUGAUCGUAACGCUUGUCUAUUGCCUGCUGUAUUUAUUAUUAAUGAAAUAAGAAAAACAUCACCUGAUCAUAAACGAUGGCCACAUUGGAGAUUGACGAAGCUUCUUUCGGAUUUUGUCGAAAGUUUUCGACCCGCCGCACAAAUGGUAUCAAUUGUUGGACAUUCAAAAAUGUUACCAGUCGUCGAGCAUUCUGGUUACGCAGAUCAUUUAAUAAAUCCUUGGGUAUUGGAUCGGGAAAAUUUACAAUUCUCCCUCAAGGGAAAUCUUCCAUACGAUCAGGAUUUACUAAAGCCACAGACUGAAUUAUUAAGAUAUGUUUUGGAACAGCCCUAUAGUCGUGAUAUGGUUUGCUCAAUGCUUCAACUUCCGAAACAACUUAAACAACGCUGUAUAGCUUUAGAAGAACAACUUGUGGAACUUGUUAUUCUUGCUAUGGAACGAUCUGAGAAUGAUCCAUUACCUUCAGAAUCUACUGAAGGAACUGCUGCAAAUCAUUAUGUUUGGUUGCAUUUGUCCUCACAAUUAAUAUAUUUUGUGCUCUUUCAAUUUGCAUUUUUUUCUGAAUUUUGUACAGCGAUUCAUGACAGACUAGCGAGUUGUGAAUUACGAAAAGGACGUGAUCACUUAAUGUGGGUUUUACUUCAAUUUAUUUCUGGAAGUAUACAACGAAAUCCCUUAUCAAAUUUUCUUCCUGCUUUAAAACUUUAUGAUCUUCUUUAUCCUGAGACUGAACCAUUUCCAGUUCCCGAUCUCACUCAUCCUUUAUGUACACAUCAAAUGGCAAGCACGUGUAUUUGGAUUCAUCUUUUAAAAAAAGCUCACAGUGAACAUGCAAAUUUUCACAGACCAAUUCCACAUGCUCUCAAAGUUCAUCAUGAAUUUUUACAACAUUUAGUAAUACCGAAUACUCAAUUGUGUAUGGGAUCCGAUUAUCGAAUUGCUCUCUUGUGCAAUGCUUAUUCAACGAGUCAAGAUUAUUUCAGCAGACCGAUGGCGGCUCUCGUCGAUACAAUAUUAGGCAAUCAGAAGGGACAGCAACAGCAGUCAUUGCAAAAUUUACAAAAUAAUGCAGCGCUCGUUAAUGGACCAACGACACCAUUGUCAAUGUCAAUAUUAGAUUCAUUGACAGUUCAUUCAAAAAUGAGUCUCAUACAUCAUAUUGUCACGCAUGUUAUUAAAUUGGCUCAAUCAAAAAGUAAUAUGGCUCUAGCACCAGCUCUCGUUGAAACAUACAGUAGAUUAUUAGUUUACACUGAAAUUGAGAGUUUAGGAAUUAAAGGCUAUAUUGGACAAUUGUUGCCACAAGUUUUUAAAUCCCACGCCUGGGGAACAUUGUACACUCUUUUGGAAAUGUUUAGUUAUAGAAUGCAUCACAUUCAACCUCAUUAUCGUGUACAACUUUUAUCUCAUCUUCAUAGUCUCGCCGCUGUACCACAAACAAAUCAAACUCAAUUACAUUUAUGUGUCGAAAGCACUGCUCUCAGACUGAUAACUGGACUUGGCUCCGCUGAAGUUCAGCCUCAACUCUCACGAUUUUUAUCGGAACCGAAAACUCUUGUCUCGGCAGAGUCGGAGGAAUUGAAUAGAGCUUUGGUUUUGACUUUGGCACGUUCAAUGCACGUGACAGGAACUGGAGCCGAUUCAUUAAGUGGUACAUGGUGUAAAGAAUUGCUCAAUACAAUUAUGCAAAAUACUCCACAUUCAUGGGCAGUUCAUACUCUACAAUGUUUUCCACCCGUUCUUAGCGAAUUUUUCCAACAAAAUAGUGUUCCUAAGGAAAAUAAACAACAAAUAAAGAAAGCCGUAGAAGAAGAAUACAGAAAUUGGGCAUCAAUGAGCAAUGAAAAUGAUAUAAUUGCUCAUUUUACAGCUCCAAGUGCACCGCCAUUAUUUCUUUGUCUUCUUUGGAAAAUGAUACUCGACACUGAUCGAAUUAGUCCAAUUGCCUACAAAAUUCUAGAAAGAAUAGGAGCAAGAGCCUUGUCAGCUCAUCUUCGUAAAUUUUGCGAUUAUCUUGUUUUUGAAUUUUCAAACAGUGUGGGUGGAGGACAACAUGUUAAUAAAUGUGUUGAUACAAUAAAUGACAUGAUUUGGAAAUAUAAUUUAGUAACAAUAGACAGAUUAGUGCUUUGUUUGGCAUUAAGAACCCAAGAAGGAAACGAGGCACAAGUGUGCUUUUUUAUAAUACAAUUAUUACUUUUGAAAGCAACUGAAUUUCGUAAUAGAGUUCAGGAAUUUGUUAGAGAAAAUUCUCCGGAACAUUGGAAACAAUCAAAUUGGCAUGAGAAACAUUUGGCAUUUCAUAGAAAAUUUCCAGAAAAAUUUGCACCUGAAGGUAUUGUUGAACAGACAAGUGGUGGGCCGGGACAAUAUCAAAAUUUACCAGUUUAUUUUGGAAAUGUUUGUCUACGAUUUUUGCCUGUAUUCGAUAUAAUGGUUCAUCGUUAUUUGGAAAUUCCACCUGUGUCAAAGAGUUUGGAAAUUCUUUUAGAACACCUAGGCUGCCUCUACAAAUUUCACGAUCGACCAGUGACUUAUCUUUACAAUACAUUGCAUUAUUAUGAGAGAAAUUUACGAGACAGACCAAAUUUGAAGCGUCGUCUUGUCUCAGCAAUUUUAGGAUCUUUGAAGGAAAUUCGUCCAUCCGGUUGGGCAUUAUCCGAAGCUUAUACAUUGUAUAUAUCAAGACCAACGGAGGAUGUUAUCACUUGGGUGCCUGAACUUGAUUAUUAUAUUCGACUCGUUCAAAGAAUCGUCGAAACAAUGUCGGGAACUGCACAUUUUCCUGCCACCGAUUGGAGAUUUAAUGAAUUUCCAAAUUCAGCUGCUCACGCAUUAUAUGUAACUUGUGUUGAAUUAAUGGCACUACCAAUGGCACCGAAUUUAGUUGCUAAUUCAUUACUCGAUGUCGUUGCAAAAGGAUAUACAAUCAUUAAUUUUAAUGAAAUACAUUUGUGGAUUAAUUGUGUGGGUCUAUUAAUGGCAGCCCUUCCUGAAUGUUAUUGGUCUGCGCUUUAUGAUCGUCUUGUUGAAACAAUCAAUACACCGGCUUUAUUAAAAUGGCCAUAUGGAAAUUUAAGUCCCUUUCAGCUCUUUAAUUUUAAUACCACACAUAAUGGUCUAUUGGAAAAUAAAUACAGUUAUAUGCUUGCAUUGGCACAUUCGAUAUGGCAUCACGCUGGAGUUGGACAAAUUACAACUCUACCGCAAUUCGUUAAAGAAAAACUACAACCUGUUGUCACGAGUGAGGAACAAUUACUUUAUGCUUGUCAUUUAAUUGGACCAACUUUGGCGCGUUUCAAUGUUGAAAGACCGGCCUGUGUCAAUAAACUCACAGUCAAUUUGUACGAAAUGUUAGAACAAGUCGACAAAUCUCAGACUCAUUUAAAUUACAUGGAUCCUGUCUGCGAUCUUCUAUAUCACAUUAAGUAUAUGUUCGUUGGCGAUACGAUGAAGACUGAUGUGGAAUCUAUUAUUCGAAGACUGAGACCAGCUCUACAAAUGCGACUUCGCUUCAUCACACAUUUGAACAUUGAGGAAAUUCAAGCUGAUGGACAAUCGCAAGCAACGCUCGCAACAACUUAAUUAAUUUCAGAGGCGAAAAUAUUUUCAUUUUAAAAAUCAAAUUUAACGAUAAUGAUAAGUAUAUCGUUUUUAAUAUUUUUGAUAAUAUGAUCAUAAUAUUUAUAUAAAUAUUAUAUAUAUAUAUAAAUAAUUAAUUUCUCUUAAUAAUUAAUUGAAAGGCAGAGAGAUUAUUCGAAGCGGAUAUCUUUUUUAUAUAUAUAUAUUGUCAAUCAAAUUGUAUAAAGUGUAGGUGAGGGCGUCAAUAAUUAAUUAACAUUUUUAUUAUAAUAAACUCGUAAAUAGUC